CAAUCACUUGCUAAGAUCACACUUCCAAUUAAAAAAAAUCAAACUAGAAAUCAUGGGUAUCCGAUUGCUAGGGAUUCCUCAAGCGAAACUAGUUUUCAGAGGAGCUCUUUCUGCUCCAAUGGCACAGGAUGUACCCAAAGGCCACCUUGCUGUUUAUGUUGGAGAAACUGAGAAGAAGCGAUAUGUUGUUCCGAUUUCAUAUGUGAAGCAUCCUUCAUUCCAGAGCUUGCUGAGAUGGGCUGAAGAAGAAUUUGGGUAUGAUCAUCCAAUGGGUGGUCUUACAAUCCCAUGUAGAGAAGUGACCUUCAUUGACAUCACCUGCAGAUUGAACUGCUCACAAGUAAGAAAUGCAAAGAUGAACAAAAUGCUAGACUACAGCAACAAUAGACUCUAA